AUGGAUUCCCAAAAUUCUUCGACGUUGAUCAUACUGUCCCUCCCACCCAAGACUUUCGUCGGCUUGGACCUAGUGUCAUUCAACUCCUCCCCUCACUUUCAAGGCAUCGCCACAAUUCCUUUUGGCAUUCAUUUUCUGUACACCGGCACCGACGCCUCUCUGUCAAUCCGACAUGGGCGAUGGCUGAACCUGACUUCCGCCAGUCCAAUCCAGGUCUUGAGAUGGAACAGUGACGGAGAAACCCUCCAGGUAGUGGAACAGCAGAAUGAUCAGACAGCACGAAAUGCGAUCGCCGGGGUGGUCUCAAAUAACGGGCGCGGACUAGUCGACUACGCCGCGCUGCAGAAUGCGACGUCGGAACUAUCUCUACGAGACGGGUCGAAGGAGAGCGACGGUACGUCACGCUCAGCAGCAGGCGACAAUGAGGAGGACAGUCGCGCAGAGAGCACAGACUGGCCCUCCCUGACGGCGCAUAUCUCUCCUUCGCUUCUGACGCGCAUCCUCUCUCCGGACGACUGGAUCAUCUCCUCCAUCUCCUCCGCACCCAUUGACACCGAGACCAUCCCGGGCCUCUCGCACCUCGAGGCCUCGAACGCCCUCCAUCAACUGCCCCUGGACCUGCUCCCGAUCAAUCUGAAGCAGACCUGGGCCGGCGGGGACAUCGGGCGUGUCAGGACCGACAGGGCACGAGACCGCAGCUGGUACCUGGGCCAAUUGAUCGAGCAAGCCGCUCGCUCACCCAAUAGAGACAAAGCCGCCGGUGCGCGCGAGGUGCUCGGCGAGCUGCAAUUCUGCUUCCUGAUGGUCCUCACGCUUGCAAACUACAGCUGUCUCGAGCAGUGGAAGCGGCUGCUCAGCGUGUUCCUCACCUGCCGCACCGCGCUGGACGAAGUGGAGGGAUAUUUCGUGCAGGUGGUGAAGGUGCUGCAUCUCCAAAUCAAGCACGUGGACGACGUCGAAGGCGGCCUUUUCGAGCUGAGGGACGAGUCGGGCAGUGCCUGGCUGAGGACGCUGUGGGCUCGGUUCAGGACCCUGGUAGACGACGACGCGGAGAAUAAAGGAAAAAAGGAGUCUCUCAGAAAAGAAGUGGAUGCCUUGCAGAGGCUGUUUGAAGAAAAGUAUGGAUGGCAGAGCGAGAGGGACAUCUUGAGAAGAGGCAUGUUGGAGCUGGAAGACGGCGAGCGGGUCGAGGUCACAAUGCACGGGGUUGACGAAGAUGAAGAAACCGGUGAGUAUGCGCCAGUGAUUGUCGAGACUUGA